AUGGUCGCGGGUGAGCAUGGAUCAGGAUACAGCCGACAGGGAGUGACAGGUCUACUUCUUUUGCGCCCGAUUGUGUCGUGUCCGUCCCCCCUCCGCGGGCACAGCCGUGACGACGAUUACGUCCGCCGAAGGGCGCCGGUAGUUCGCAACUCUCGAACUUCCACUGGCCGCCUGUCGCAGACAGACGAAGACGAGGGCGAAGACGGUGGUUGUAGCGAAAAGGAACGAGAGGAUGACUAUGGUUUCCAUGAUCAUGACGAUGGAGGUUUCGCACAUGAUAGCGACGGUGACAUUCUCAUGGGCGACGGUGACGAAAUGGCCCAAAGGAGCCCUAUCGACACAUUACCUCCCCAAAUGCCACGUCCAUCGGCAUCAAGCCACGGUCGGCCAAGGCAUCACGGCCUACAUUCAGAAGAACGUGUUACCAGUACUUCUUCGGCUCGACCUCGAGCCGAAUACGAUGAUUCGAAUGGAGUUGACUCCAGUGAGGAAACUACAUCGGACAACCGGCGAUCCGGCGAUUCGGGCUCAGCGUCUGAUGUUGACGAAGAUCGUGUUACUCGCCCGCCCUCGGCCCGACCCCGAGCUGAAUACAGUGACUCAAAUGAAAUUGAGUCCAGUGAGGAGGCUGCGUCGGCCGACCGCCGACCCGGUAACGCGUGCCCGGAAUCUGACGCGGAUGAAGAAGCGGUCAGGUGGAGCUCCAGUCGCUACCGUCAGCACACCUGGGAUCCGCCUGUUAUAGAUGGUCCUGGGCGGGGAAUUUAUAUGUAG